AAAGGGCUGACGGGCCGGAUGUGGCCUGCGGGCCGUAGUUUGCCCACCCCUGGACUAGAAACAAAUGGGGUGCCCCCUCCCAGUGAUUCUGCCUUUCCUGCUUCUUUAAGUUAAUGCAUUACUGGAUAUCUCCCUGAUGUUUUAUGCUCUGUCAUAAAGAACAAGCCAGGACACCAUGACAAUCAUUUUCAAGGCAGUAGCUAUGCAAUUCACUUUUAGUAAAUUAGGUCUAUUCUUCUUUGCGAAGAUGGUUCCUGAUUACUCAGCCAUGCCCGACACUAGUACAGGUGUAACCGCGCUUUUAUAAACUAAGGACCUUUACGGUAAAUUUUAUUUUUCCCUAAAAUUCCUCCUAGUCAACCCGUUGCAGCCCUCCCCAGUACAAUGAGCUCAGUGAGGCAUGUGCCCGGGCAUAGCCCAGCCAGCCCGUUACACUUACAGGCGUUACAUACCCACGUGACCGUUUGAAAAGCUUCUCUCAUACACAAUAACAAACAGGGUCCUGCUCAGGCGGCCAAUUGCUGCUCUCCUUUCCCUCCAGAGCGCUCGCGAUUGGCGAAUCCAAUGAGGGGGCGGGGCGCUGGAUGCGCGUUAUUCAAACUGAAGGAGAGUAAGCCAUAAGAAGGAGAGAAGCAGCAAUGGCCGGUUUGGUGAAGCCCUUGGCAGCGAGUAAGAGGCAGCAACCUCAGUACAGAGAGCAGAGGCGAAAGAAAGUGGAGGAAUACUUAUCUAAAAAAAUGGCCAGCCAAAACCCUGGUCAUCUAGUUGGGCCUGCAGAGGACAGGUCCCCACUAACAGACAGACCCACUCUGACGAAUUUUCAAAAUAAAACACAACUGCUUAAACCAGCUGAAAAGAAACAGACUGGCAAAGAAAAUAUCUCUGUGGCGUCAGUUAGAAAUAAAAAUAAUUUCUUGAUUGUAAAAAACCCUUUUAAAGAUGCUCGGCCUAAGAUUGAUACUGGAAUCAAAAAUGUGAACUCUGAUACUGUGGUCAGUACAGAUCAAAAGAAAGGACAGUCACUAAGUAAAACAUUCGUAAAAAACAGAAACAUUAAAGAGAAGGAGCUGAAGGGUGAGUCGUCAAGCACACAAGCUGCUAAGGCCGUGCUGCAGAAGCCUGUACUUGGGGCAUAUCGUGGUAAAGUCAUCCAAUCCAAAAUUAACUCUUUUAGGAAGACCCCUGCGAACACAGACAGCACAAAUAUUAAAGGAGUAAGAGAGCCAGUGGCAGCGGUGCCUCCCAAUGCAAGACCAAAAACUUUCAAUGUUUCUGGAAAACAAGUUGUGAAAUCUGUAUCUGCUAAUGCUGCUGUACAGAAACAGCCAACUACCUUCCAGAGCAGGACUCAAGUAAGGGCUUCCACCAGUGCUGUAAGCCAUCAGAUGAAGGCAGAGCCUUAUACAUCAAGGAGACACACCAGUGCGGUUCUCCCAAGAAAGCCCACAGACAGAGCCUUGCCUCAGAGACCAACUGCCAAUAAAACUAUUAACACUGGUUCUUUAGGGCAUAAAGCAGCUUUGCACAAUAAAGGACAAACUCUAGCAGGUUCUGUGAAGCCACUACCAGGCCCUCAGCAGAGCAGACCUGCUAAACAGCUUGUGAGAGUUCCAACCACAAGUCGGAUUCAGACUGCAGAAGAGAAAAAGGCUCAUGUAGCGAAGUGGAGGGAGGAGAAAGGAAAAGCUAUGAAGAGGCCUCCUGCAUCGACGAUAAAGUUCUCUACAAAUAAAGUGCAGAAAGAAGUUGUGCUCAUAAAGAGUGAGCCUGAACCACCUAGGGAGGUUGCUGCUGAAAUCAAGACUGAAUCUAGAAAAGCCAUAGAAGAAACCCCUCGCCGGUUGUUUUGGGCGACUAUGGCAGAAGAGGAUGAACAGGAACUAUUCACGCUGAAAGUUCACCAGAUAUUUGCAGAGUGCCAGAAGUUAAUUGAUGAGGGCUGCCCAAAAGAAGAAGUUCUUGACAUAUUGGAGAAACAGAUUCAGAAUGUCCCAGAAGCAAAAAAGCUUUCCAAAUACUGGGAAUGCCUUGCUCUCCUGGAGAAGCGUCAGGGGGAUCUUGCAAAAGUCAUUGUCAUCUGUGAGGAAGCCGUGGCAGCUGGAGCACAGCCCCUAGAUGAUCUGAGAACUAUUCUUGCGGAUGCAGUGGAAAGUCUGAAGGCUGAAUCAUCUGCAGAAGGUGCAGAGCACAAAGUGGAAGACUGUACAGCAGACCCUGAAAAAGAAGAAGCUGUCAAGACAGAGCGAAAAUCUGAGAAUGAGCAAAGUGAACUGGAUGUGGCCAAAGUUAAAUCAGAGAGAAAAGUUAAACAAAGGGGGGGCAAGCGCGUUGGGAUAAAAGAGGAGGCAAGGCCUUCAGAUAUGGAAGAGGAGCUGCCAAACAAGCACCUUACACCGCAAAAUACAGAAUCCUCAACAGUUAUCAGAUUUAAUGUUCGUUCCACCCCUCACCUACAAAAAAUGAAAACUAAAAUGCAGUUAGAUGACAGUGAUUCUGCCUUCAAAGACUUUAAAUUUUUAACACCUGUGAGACGCUCCAGACGCCUUGAACGCAAAUCACAGUGCUUGCCUGACAUGUUAAGGGAUCACGACCCCUGUGUUUCUGGCAUAGCUCAGCUGGAGGAUGUAGAAAGCUGCCCAAGUGCCUAUAUAUUUAGGAAAAACAACGCUCUCCAAGAGAUUUCUGCUAAGACUGUGCAACAGUUGUAAAUAAUGUAUAAUAGCACAGCCUUUCAUUUAGAAUGCACAUUUCUAAUCUGUUUAUUUUAAAAUCUGAUGUAAUUCUGCCUGGUCAGCUAAUUGUCAUGUCUUCUCUCUUUUGAUUUUAAUGUGAUAUCUAUGUUUCUGCAGUUAAGGGAAUUUAAGUUAGGGGGCAAGGGCUGACCUUUCCUCACUUUUAAGCAAGUUUAACAUAGGGUGCCUGUUUCUGUAAAUAUGGGUGACUGUGUAAUAGAAACUGAGAGGCGAAGGUACCGACCAGGAGGCUGAGACAGGCAACCAUUAAGUUGGACUGUAUAAAGUGCAGCUGCAUGAAAGCACUUGAAUUCUUACUGCUAAGGUACCCAUAAUUGCUAAUUUAUACUCAUUCUAUUUAUUUUGAGCUUUUUAAAUCUUUUGCUUCUCAUCCGUCUUGGUGCUUGAAAAAAAAUAAGACACUAAUAUCUAAGUCCAUUUGUGUGCAGCAACUGCAUAUGCUUUAGGCAUUUUAAUGAAUACAAACCAAACUAUGUACAGAUGAAUUUGCCUUUAUUAACAAGGGUCUUAUAAUAAAACAUAACUGUUUAAACAUAUUGCGUUCAACAUUGUUUCAGUGUGCUUAAGCAAAUAAAUCCUAGAGCAGAA